ACUGCUUUUAAUGGCAUGUGGCUUGUAACUUUACUUCUGCUGUAUUCUUUGCAAGAAGUCAACAGUGAGGAUGUUGUCUCUACACGACUGUACUUUGUGAACGCCUCCCUGCAGCGGGUGACCUUCUCUAGCUCGGUGGGGGUGUCCCUGCCCUGCCCCGCGGGCGGCGCACCCCAUGCCGUCCUGCGCUGGUACCUGGCUGCCGGAGACGACAUUUACGACGUGCCCCAUAUCCGCCAUGUGCAUGCCAACGGCACCCUCCAGCUCUACCCCUUCUCUCCCUCCGCCUAUAACAGCAUCAUCCAUGACAACGAGUACUUCUGCACUGCUGAGAACCAGGCAGGCAAGAUUCGAAGCCCCAGCAUCCACGUCAAAGCAGUGUUCAGGGAGCCCUACACAGUCCGCGUGGCCGACCAGCGCUCCAUGCGGGGUAAUGUUGCUGUGUUCAAGUGCCUCAUCCCCUCUGCUGUCCAGGAGUACGUCAGUGUUGUGUCCUGGGAGAAAGACACAGUCUCCAUCGUCCCAGGUAAUCGUUUCUUCCUGACCUCAUUUGGUGCUCUGUAUAUCUCAGAGGUGCAGAAGGAAGAUGCUCUGUCCACCUACCGCUGCAUCACAAAGCACAAGUACAGCGGAGAGACUCGCCAGAGCAAUGGAGCCCGGCUCUCUGUUAUGGACCCUACGGAGUCCACCCCGUCAGUGCUGGACAGUUUCCAGUCCGGUGAGGUGCAGGUGGGGCACAGCGUGGAGCUGCCCUGCAUCGCUUCGGGAUACCCAAACCCAACCAUCCGCUGGCUGAAGGAUAAUCGGCCAUUACCUGCAGACUCCCGCUGGACGCGGCGUAUAACUGGCCUCACCAUUUCUGACCUGAGGCUUGAGGAUAGCGGAAACUACAUCUGUGAGGUCACUAACAGCUUCGGCUCCAAGGAGGUGACUGGUCACCUCAAUGUUAUAGAGCCACUGCGGGUCACCUUGUCUCCCAAGAACCUGAAGACGGGGAUCAGCAGUACAGUCAUCCUAUCCUGUGCAGUCCAGGGUUCCCCCCACUUUAUCGUGUCCUGGUAUCGUAACACAGAACCCGUCCUGCCUGAUCAACACUUUUCCAUCCAGGGGGCUCACAAUGAGACGUUGUUCAUCUCAGCUGCACAAAAGAGACACUCGGGGGCUUACCAGUGCUUUGCAACACGCAAGGGCCAGACCGCCCAGGACUUCUCCAUCAUUCUGCUAGAAGAUGGUACACCUCGUAUUGUGGCCUCCUUCAGCGAGAGGGUCGUGGUCCCAGGUGAACCAUUUUCCCUGAUGUGUGCCGCCAAAGGAGCGCCUCCACCCACCAUAACCUGGACCCUCGACGACGAGCCCGUGGCCCGGGAUCUGUCUCGUGUCCGAGCCAGCCAGUACACGCUCUCUGAUGGCAGCACGGUGAGCCACGUCAAUGUCAGCAGCCCGCAGAUUCGUGAUGGAGGAGUGUAUCGGUGCGCCGCACGAAACUCGGCCGGUAGCGCCGAGUACCAAGCGCGCAUAAACGUAAGAGGACCUCCGAGGAUCCGGCCUAUGAAGAACAUCACUGCAGUGGCAGGGAGAAAUACUUUUAUAAACUGCCGUGUGAUUGGGUAUCCUUAUUACUCAAUCAACUGGUACAAGGAGGGGCUUCUGCUGCCUGACAACCAUCGCCAGGUGGUGUAUGAGAAUGGCACUCUGAAGCUCAGCGAUGUUCAAAAGGGGUUGGACGAGGGGGCCUACGUCUGCAGCGUGCUCAUCCAACCACAGCUGUUCAUCACCCAGACCGUCUAUGUCACCGUCAAAGUUCCCCCACUGAUCCAGCCAUUUGACUUUCCUCCAACUUCCAUCGGGAAAUUGAUGUAUAUCGCCUGCGUGGUGUCAUCUGGAGACAUGCCUAUACGCAUCACGUGGCGCAAAGACGGGCAGGAGAUCGUGGCCUCCUCGGGCAUCACCAUCGACACUAAGGAGUUCAUGAGCUCCCUGCAGAUCUCCAAGGUGUCGCUCAAACACAAUGGCAACUACACAUGCAUAGCCAGCAACGAUGCUGCCACUGUCAGCACAGAGAGACAGCUCACAGUUACAGUGCCUCCUCGUUGGGUGGUGCAGCCCAACAACCAGGAUGGGAUCUAUGGGAAAGCAGGUAUCCUUAACUGUUCUGUUGAUGGAUACCCUCCUCCCAAGGUCAUGUGGAAGCAUGCCAAAGGCGCACUAGCGGGUAUUGGAAAUCCACAGCAGUACCACCCUGUGCCUCUGACGGGUCGUAUCCAGAUCAUGAUAAACGGCUCUCUACUCAUCAGACAUGUCCUGGAGGAGGACCGGGGCUUCUACCUCUGUCAGGCCUCCAACGGCGUGGGCUCUGACAUCAGCAAGAGCAUGGUCCUCACCGUGAAGAUCCCAGCGAUGAUCACCAGUCACCCCAACACCACCAUGGCGAAGAAGGGUCACGUAAAGGAGCUUAACUGCACAGCAAGGGGUGAAUGGCCCAUCAUCAUCCGCUGGGAGAGAGGCGACACGGUCAUCGACCCUGACCGCAACCCCCGCUACUCCAUUACCACCAGUCCCAAUGAGAAGACGGACGAGGUGUUGUCUACACUCAAGCUAAAGCCAGCAGAGCGUGAAGAUUCAGUUUUCUUCUCCUGUCACGCCAUCAACUCUUACGGAGAAGGACGAGGCCUUAUCCAGCUCACUGUGCAAGAGCCUCCUGACCCUCCGGAGUUGGAGGUACGAGAAGUUAAAGAUCGCAGCAUGAACCUCAGGUGGACCCAGAGAUUUGAUGGAAACAGUGUCAUUACCUCCUAUGACAUUGAGUAUAAGAACAAGACAGAUUCCUGGGAGCUGAAGCAUGCAACUCGCAACAUCUCCCCCACCAACAAUCAGGCCAACAUAGUUGACCUUCACCCUGCUUCUGUAUACAGCAUCCGCAUGUAUUCCUACAAUUCUAUAGGCAAGAGCGAGGCGAGUAAAGAACUCACCAUCAGCACAGAGGAAGCACAGCCUGAUGGCCCUCCUAUGGAAGUGAUCCUGCAGCCAGUGACCUCUCAGAGCAUCAGGGUCACCUGGAAGGCUCCCAGGAAGGAGCUGCAGAACGGGGUGAUCCGAGGUUACCAGAUCGGUUACAGAGAGAACGGCCCAGGCAGUAACGGCCAGUACAGCAUUGUGGAGAUGAAGGCCACGGGAGACAGCGAGGUCUACACCCUGGACAACCUGAAGAAGUUUGCUCAGUAUGGUGUGGUUGUCCAGGCCUUUAACAGAGCUGGCACAGGGCCCUCCAGCUCAGAGAUCAAUGCUACUACACUGGAGGAUGUACCCAGCCAGCCUCCUCAGAACGUGCGAGCCAUUUCUGUAACCUCCGACGAGGCAGUGAUCACAUGGGCUGAACCGCCAAGGCUGACGCUACACGGCGUCCUGAAAGGAUACCGUGUCGUGUUCUGGGCUGUGUUUCCUGACGGAGAAUGGGGGGAAAUGCAAAACAUCACAACCACCAGGGAGCAGGUGGAGCUCCGAGGCCUUGAGAAAUUCACCAACUACAGCAUCCAGGUGCUCGCCUACACUCAGGCCGGAGACGGUGUCCGCAGCAACGUCCUGUAUAUCCAAACCCGGGAAGACUACCCCGGACCCCCGGCUGGCAUCAAAGCUGUGCCCUCCUCCGCCAGCAGUGUUGUGGUAUCCUGGUUACCACCUCACAAACCAAAUGGAAUCAUCCGCAAGUACACCAUCUACUGCUCCAGCCCUGGAUUAGGCCAACCGAUGCCCAGUGAGUACGAAGCCAAUCCUGAGCUGCUGUUCUACAGAAUCACUCACCUGAACCACAGACAGCAGUACCUGAUCUGGGCUGCAGCUGUCACCACCGCAGGCCGGGGAAACUUCAGCGACAAGGUCACUGUGGAGCCAGCAGCCAAGGCGCCAGCUAAGAUCCUGUCAUUCGGGGGUACGGUGACUACUCCUUGGAUGAAGGAGGUGCGACUGCCCUGCGGCUCUGUAGGAGAACCUACACCUACGAUAAAAUGGACCAAAGACAGUGAGGACACAGCCAUCCCAGUGUCUCUAGAUGGACAGCGUCUCAUUCUGGCCAAUGGCACGCUUGUGCUGCGCUCCGUCAAAGCAGAAGAUUCCGGUUACUACACCUGCACAGCCACCAACACGCUGGGCUUCGACACCAUCAUAGUCAACCUUUUGGUGCAAGUCCCUCCUGAUCAGCCUCGUCUAACUGUCUCCACCACCUCCACCUCCUCCAUCACUCUGGCCUGGAUACCAGGAGACAAUGGAGGCAGCUCCAUCAGAGGGUUUGUGCUGCAGUACUCUGUUGACAACACAGAGGAAUGGAAAGAUGUUUUUAUUAGUUCUACCGAGCGCUCUUUCAAAUUGGAAAACCUUCGCUGUGGCACGUGGUACAAAGUCAAACUGGCUGCAAAGAACAGUGUUGGAGCGGGACGUAUCAGUGAGAUCAUAGAGGCAAAGACCCACGGGCGAGAGCCCCAGUUCAACAAGGAUCAGCCUGUCUUUACGCACAUUAACUCCAGCCACGCACGGCUCAACCUGCAGGGUUGGGCCAGUGGAGGCUGUCCAAUCAGCGCUGUCACCUUGGAGUUUAGACCAAAGGGUACAUGGGCUUGGCAGAAUGUACGCACCAAUGCCACCAGUGAUGUGUUCCUGGCUGAGCUGCGAGAGGCUACCUGGUAUGAGCUGAAAAUGAAAGCCUGUAACAGUGCUGGCUGUGGCAACCAGAGCUCCCAAUUUGCAACACUGGACUAUGAUGGCAGCACUAUUCCACCAAUCAAAUCCCCCCUGGAGAAAAACGAUGAUGUUAAGAAACUGUUUUCUAUCGGCUGUCCUGUGAUCUUGGUGACUCUGGGUGUUGCACUUCUCUUCAUCAUCCGCAAGAAGCGCAAAGAGAAGAGGCUGAAGAGACUGAGAGAUGCCAAAAGCCUUGCAGAGAUGCUGAUCAGUAAAAACAACCGCAGCUUUGACACCCCGGUGAAAGGACCUCCUCAGGGCCCUCGGUUACACAUCGACAUCCCCCGAGUGCAGCUGCUAAUUGAAGACAAAGAAGGCAUCAAGCAAAUCGGUGAGGACAAAGCUACUAUCCCUGUGACAGACACCGAGUUCAACCAAACUGGGAACCCUCAGAGCUUCUGCACAGGAGUGUCUGUCCAUCACCCCGCCCUCAUCCAGAACACUGGCCCUUUGAUUGACAUGUCAGACAUCAGACCAGGAACCAACCCCGUGUCGAGGAAAAGUGUAAAGUCAGCCCAUAGCAUCAGGAACCGCUACUCUAGUCAGUGGACCCUGACCAAGUGCCAGGCCUCCACGCCAGCCCGCACUCUCACCUCAGACUGGCGCACAGUUGGCUCCCAGCAUGGCAUCACUGUCACUGAGAGUGACAGCUACAGUGCCAGCCUCUCACAGGACACAGAUAAGGGUCGUAACAGCAUGGUGUCGACAGAGAGUGCCUCCUCCACCUACGAGGAGUUGGCAAGAGCUUACGAGCAUGCAAAGCUAGAGGAGCACCUGCAGCACGCCAAAUUUGAGAUCACUGAGUGCUUUAUCUCUGACAGCUCAUCUGACCAGAUGACCACAGGUACCAAUGACAACGCAGACAGCAUGACAUCCAUGAGCACACCCUCAGAGCCCGGUAUCUGCCGAUUCACUGCCUCGCCGCCGAAACCCCAGGACUACGACCGUGGCAAGAAUGUAGCUGUGCCCAUUCCACACCGCGCCAAGAGUGAUUACUGUAAUCUCCCCCUCUACAUGAAGUCAGAUCCUUUCUUCCGAAAGCAGUCGGAGCAUCAUGACCCAUGUCCAGUGGUCCCCCCACGUGAAGCCUCCAUUCGUGGCCUGGCCCAGCGGGCGUACCACACCCAGGGCCGUCAUGUGACUAUGGACUCCGCAAAGCAGCAGGCUCUAACAAUGGGCCACUCUGGCCUGUCCAACCUCACCUCCUCAGGAGCAUCAGGAGGUGGUGGUGGAGCCAGUGGGAGUGGAGGGAUGUCUGCUAGCUCUAGCAGCUCCACCCUUCCCCAGAGGACUCUCACCAUGCCCGGCUCCUCUUCCUCAGUGGCCCAGAGUGCAGCAGCAGCAGCUGCUGCUACAGCUGCAGCUGCCGGGGCUUCAUCCUCCUCUGGUGGAGGGGCCACAGGAGGGACUCCAGGAGGUGCCUGCUCAUCGUCCUCCAAGAUGGGAGGAUCCAGAGACUCUCUGCUGGAGAGCAGCUCCUCUGGCUUAGGCAGACUACAGAAGCAGAGGGAUGGAGGGGCAGGGGCCUACUCCAAGUCGUACACUCUUGUGUAGCCUGCCGUCACUGCGGCCUAUCACUGUAACUCUUACCAGAAUGCUGGUCGGUCCAGCCAGUGCUUGCCUGGAGCCUACAUGAAAGGUGGGGUGAGGAAAAUACACAUGCACAGCUGACCCGUCAGUGCCUGUUCUGUGCCAGGCUGCAGGGGGGACACGACUGUAUGAAAGGGUCAGAGGUGGGUCUCCACAGCACAGGGGUUUGCCUUUCUUUCUGCCUGAUUGCUUUCUAUUAUUAGUGUCAUCUUUCUCUAGCUCUUAUUUCAUCACCCUGGGAAUCACUUGCCAAAACAUAGAUGAUUUAUCUCUUCACUUCAUAACUUCAUUUUCUUAAGGACACAGUACUUAUGCACAAAAUGCUUUCCACGUGCACUGUCUUGUUUUCUGGAUCGAGACAGUUGUAAUAUGAUCCAGGUGGCUUGAUUUUUUAAAGGUUUUUUAGGUUUUUAAAUAUGUUACUUCUCUGAUCUUUGAUGGAAGGAGAGCUCAUAUCACAGCACCGUGCCAUGGCAGGAUGCUUCUACUGUAUGCAUAAAACCACCAACCUUGGUAUUACUCUGGCUCAAAGAGGUUUCUCCAUCAUGGAUUCAUGCAUUAGAGGGACUGGAAGGACAUCUCAAUAAGAAUCUUGAGAUGUGUGAAAUGUUCUUAUACAUGCCAUGGAUGACGCAGCAUAGUGGUCUUAAUUGACGCUUUUAUACACAGACUCAAACAGAGGAGGUGAAAAAUUGUCAAGUACCAUCAAGUGAAAGAACCUUUUCUUUUCAUCCAUUUUCCAUUUAUUUUCAAGUUAUGGAAAUAUAAUCUCAUGUGCACUAAGAAAAAGUUAGAAUGGAUCCAAGUAACAGAAACCUUCACAGGCCUGCGUGUGUGUGCGUGUGGGUGUAUAUGUGUAAAUAUAUAUAUGUAUACAUGUGGCAGGCACACACCAACAGUGGACCUUUUUUUUUUUUUUUUUUUUUUAAUCAAUCUGUAUGCUGACCUCUCGGGCAGACGUCUGUGUCAAAACUGACCCGAACUCCCACCCACACUGCUCAUUUUGUACCUGUGAAAGGGGAUUUGGGGACAGUAUCAAUAGUUAUGCUGAUGAUGUAACACUAUGAUCCUAAUUUGGUCCAGCAUUUGAACUUGAUUUUUUAAAUGUGAUUUACAGCAUUGCUGAGGAAAUUGGAAAUACUGAAAAGAAAGAGAGUUACAAAGAAGAAGAAAACAUUCUCUUUCUCUCCUUCAGAACAAAGAAGGAAGAGAUGGUAUGUGAUUCAUCAUGGUGCCACACUGCUCUUUUCUUUGUUUAAGAAAUCUAUCUAUAUCCACUUUUUCCCUUCCUAUCCUUUCUUGCCGUCAUGUCUCCUUACCCUGUCCCCCAUCAUAUCCAUACAGUGUCACUGUGACCUACUGCUAGCAUACAGGCUAGUAAAAACAGGAGAGACAGACUGAGAGAAGAGGUCUAAUAUGCACACAGACAGAAAUGCUACUUGACGUUCAUUGACAACUUGAAUAGAGAGACAAGUUGCUAACAUACAGCAGAGUAAUUUAGAUGUAUACAAGAAAAAAAUCAUAUUUGUAUGAAGUGAUCUUGAAUUUAUGAACAGACAAUGACUUUAUAAAUAAUAAGAUCAAGUGUUGAUGGGAUUUGGAGUUGUUUAAGGGUACUGGAGAAGGGGUUCCGUUGCAGAGAGAAGAACAUUUUCCUCAGAAUUAAGUGGUCUUCAAAUCUAAGAGAUAUGUUUUCAAGUCCCGCAACCUCACUGAUUUUUUUUUCCUUUAGCUUCAUGCAUGGUGCUGUAUCUGUUAACUUCAAGAUUAUUUCUUUCUUCUCCCCAUUUCCUCUCCCAAAGCUUAAUCCCAUUACAAAGAUCGUUCCAAAAAAGAGUUGCUCCAAAUGUUUUGUGAAGGCAAAACGUAACAUCAGGGCUCUCGCAAUAGAAAAAAAGAUAUGAUAUAUGUUUGUUUUCAAAAGUAUGUACAUAUAUAUUUCUAUUCAAAUAUAUAGCAAAUAUAUGAAUAUUGAAAAAAAGCAGAGAAAUAUAAAAGCCGUUCUAAUUGAGAAUAUAUAUAAAAGAUCACAAGACAAUCGCUCAGAGUGAAAAACUGCAAGAACAAAGAAAGAAAGACGAAGAAGAAGAGGGAGGCUUAAACGGGUAGCACGACCAUGGACGGGAGAUCUCAGAGAGAAAUGAAGUGGUGUGAGAAAAAAAAUAGAGUGCUGAAAGAAAGGUUUGAAGAAUGACCCUCCCUUGUGAUUUUGAAAAUGUUCCGGCUGCAGCAACAGCAGGUAGCAGCUGAAAGGACAAGCACAGUAAAGUAAAAGUAUGCGGGUGAUUGUGUCCCUGGUUAGCUGUGGUCGAUGGCUCAGUGCAGAACGUGUGGUGUUAAAAAAGAAACAGUGAAAACAAGGAAAGCGUAUACAGUAAGUGAGCCUAUUGUAAUAUGUUGUAUUGUACCUUCCAAAGGUGUGUUCACUAACUCACUGCCAUUGCCCGACUAUAACUCAUGAAGACAAACAGACAAGUAUUUGUGUUUCUUAUCUUUGUCAAAGGGAGUCAACCCGACAUGUCAGGACUGCAGGCUGAUGACAGCCUGAUUACACCUCACACAGUUAGACAUAUAACCAUCCACAUCUGUAUCAAUGCUCCCUUUAUUUGAAAGAACAUAGGAGAGAAAUGCAUUAUACUUUCCAUUGUCAAUGGUUAUGAUGCCUUUCUUUUUGGCCUUUAUGUUUCAAAUUGUGCAAACACUUGUUUUCAGAAUAAAACAAGUGUUUGGGAAUGGGUCAGCCUGUGUGAGCCUUCCUUACUCCAGUCGUAUGGAUAUCAGAUGGAGUGGUGAAUAAACUCCUGUCCCACCUGCUUUCUCUGUUCUUCAGUGAAGUUUCUUCUGCUGUAAACACUGAUCUAAUGUCAGUUUGGUUUAAGUAUGUGUCAGGUAAACCUGAAGGGAAAAUUUCACCCUCAAAUACUUUAAAAUUGUUAUAUUUGGAUAAACUUAUUUGCUUUCCUGCUCAGUGAUGGAUAAGACGAAUGAUACCGAGCUCAUAUUUAUAGAAAUUAUUUAAUCAGUGCAAAAAUCAAAAUGUAAUAAUAACAACUUGUGGAAUUACAGACGUAUUAUGUGCUGGGAGGGGUGACCUCCUGAAAACGUGCUCAGUCUAAUCAGAUUUGUCAUUUUUACUCUUAUUUUUGUGCAGAUUAAAAAUGUGUAAUAUGUUAUUUUGAGAACUUUGGGACUUAAAAGACUUAUUUCAUAUACAUUGUGUUAAAUUGAAGACACACAACCUGACGUAUGCAUGGUGCACGCACGUUACUGAAGAAGUAGUUUGGUGAGUGCUCCGUACCUUUUAAACAAUAAUCAAUUCUGGACUUUUUAAGCCUUCAACAAAUUAAAGCCAUGUUAAAUUAUUCCCGAUGUUAACUCUUUUUCAGUCUAAAUUUUAAAAUGUAUAUAAAUGAUAACCUGUUAUUUUUUGACAGAAAAUUGUUGACUUCUUUGAAAAUUAUAAAUCAAAUGAUUCACAUCACAGGUGAUUUAGUUUUUAUUGAUCCGGAUAUCUGCAGAUUCCUCCGAUGCGACGUCUCUUUACACUUUGAAGCAUAUCUGCAGCUGUUUAACUGAGUGAUAAGCUAUUGAGGGUGGAUUUUUUUUCAUUCAAAUACAUCCACAUACUUUUCCAACUGAGGUAGUCUGUGUUCACGUGGCCGACUUCACUUGUGCUAUUUCCCAACCUUUUCCUAAUCUGCUCAACCAAUCAGAUCCCCCUCUCACUGUCCCCCUUACCCACCUAUACAACAUGAUUUCUACUCCAUAACAGAAAAUGUGUGUACAUAGGAAAGUGUUUUGUAUAAAUGAGUACUAUUUUCGACAUCUUCACUAGAAACCAGGGCACAAUGUAAACUUUGAACUGAAGUUAUUGUAAUGAAUCAGAAGAGGAUUAAUGAUAACUAUAGAAUUAUACAGACACUGCUUUAAAUGAUUUACUGUAUGGACCAGUUGAAACAUGUCAGAGUGGACCAUGAAUAGGUAACUAUACACAUUUCUUUUCUUACAGGACAUUUGUUUGCAUUGUAUCCAUUUUUAUUUUGAUUCUAUAUUUUUUAAUCACAUUAUUUUGCUUAUUUUUUACUUUGUCACCGGUUGCUUGGUUAAGAAUUUUAUUUUUUAUUUUUCCAUGUUAUGGGGGAGGACAGCAGCAUUGCAUGUUCUGAAAUUUUUGCUGGUUAUAAAUGAAAAAAAGGAACCGGUGAAGUGAACAAUUUAAAGAAGAGGAUUCAUGAAAACAUUUUAAAACUGCAGAGGUUGUUCCUCAAACUUUUACGGGGAAACAUUGCUUCAAUUUGCAAUUGCUUGUGUUUAAACUCUACAUUUCUUUUCUAUGAAAACAAACAAAAACAGAAAAAGAGUACUCAACACCUUGUGCAAUAAAGCUAUCUUUUUAUGAA